AUGGCCGACGCUCGCCUGCUGGAGGAGCUCGAAAACUUCGCUACGCGGCCAGAUAUCCUAAUCAUGGGCGACUUUAACGCGCCCCAUAUUGACUGGAGCCCAACCCAUGCGAAUAGCUCAGAACAGACCUUCGAUAGGAGUUUUCUGAACACGGCAUUGAAGCUAUUUCUCACUCAACACGUCAUGUUACCAACUAGAGUAUGCGAAGGCCAACAAGCCAACUGCCUUGAUCUUGUCCUUACGAAGUCACAGGACAGCAUUGAUGAGGUGUCAUGCCUACCCCCCUUAGGUAAAAGUGACCACGUCGUUCUCCUAUGGGAUUACUCGUUUUUUUCCAUGCCCAAGAAACCCGGGACAGUUAGAAGAAACCUUUGGCGCGGGGAUUUCAACCAAAUGAGGGCUGAAAUUUUACGCAUUGAGUGGGAGUCCAUAUUUGCUGGGAGCAUACUCGAAGACUGGCAACGGUUCCGAGAAAUUCUGCACGAGCUGAUCGUAAACCACUGUCCGCUUUCACGGAAGAGGUUAACUAACAGACCUCGAUGGCUUACGCAAGCCUUGAAGAAUGAAGUUAAUAAAAAACGACGGCUGUGGAAAAAACCGCUUUCUGACAGGAGCCCCACAUCUAUAUGCGCGUACAAAAUUCAAAGAAAUCGAGUCAAGGGUCUUAUCCUCAAAACUAGAAAGGAAUUUGAACGGGAUCUGCUUAACCGUGCCGCGGAGAACCCUAAAUUAUUCUACGGUUACAUUAGGCAGUGCACGCGGAACAAGGACCCAAUACCCCUGCUAAGGACUGCUGAAGGCGAACAUCUCACUGACGACAGGGCGAAAGCUGAUCACCUUUCAGAAUUUUUUCGGUCUGUGUUUAGUAGCGAAACAGGAUUCAACCCUUCGGCCCCUCAAUCCUUCGAAGACACCCCAAUUAUAGAGACCGUCCAGUUCACUGAGGGUACGGUUCUGAAGGAGUUGCUGAGGCUAAAGGAAUCCAAAUCACCAGGUCCCGAUGAGAUUCCGGCGAAGAUUUUGAAGGAACUCGCCGGUGAGUUGUCUAAGCCACUCUCCAUGCUUUUCCAUACAUCCUUCGAGACCGGAUAUCUGCCACCCGACUGGAAGUCGGCGUGGAUUACGCCGCUGUACAAGGGUGGAAGUCGGAUCUCUGCGAACAAUUACAGACCGGUCAGCCUCACCUCCAUUUGCUGUAAGAUUAUGGAGAAGAUAAUAAAGCAACAACUAAUGCAGUUCCUUGAACAAAACCAUUUGCUUUCCGAUUCUCAGCAUGGAUUCCGAAAGGCAGAUCCUGUGUGACAAACCUGCUCUACUGUCUGGAACACUGGACUAGGGCCGUUGAUAGAGGAGAUAUGGUGCAUGCCAUCUAUAUCGACUUUAAAAAGGCCUUCGACAGUGUGCCUCACCACCGCCUUCUAUACAAACUUAGCCGUGCAGGAGUGCGGGGUAAGCUUCUGAUGUGGAUUCGGAGUUUUUUAAUCGGCCGCUCUCAAGCCGUCCACGUCGUUGACCAACAAUCUGCCGAGGUUGCCGUUAAGAGUGGUGUUCCCCAAGGCUCUGUUCUUGGCCCUACGCUGUUCCUCGUAUAUGUCAAUGACUGCGCAAACGAACUGAAUUGCGAUGUCGCAAUGUUUGCCGAUGACAUAAAGAUCUGGAGUACCAUACGAAGCGAAGUUGACGAGGCGCGACUGCAGACAAGUCUGGACCACCUCGAGCAAUGGUCAAAAGACUGGCUUCUACCGUUCAACGUAAACAAGUGUACUUUCCUGCGCGUCGGCAGAACCAGUUCUCCUAACCACACGGUCUACCGUCUGACUGGCAAACCACUGCAAGAAGUCGAAGCCCAGAAGGACUUGGGUGUAUGGAUCACCACCUCGCUUAAGCCUUAG